AGUUAUCUGACCACCUUCAAAAAAUUCUACUUGCAAUCAAGUAAGCACUAUCACACAUCAUACAUUCGCUGCUUAAUUAACUAGCUUGUUAAUUAAUCUAUGAAAUUGCGUUUUCUAGAGUCUUCCAUACAGAACCCCUCACAGCCAAUAACUCAGGAACCGCCUCUCCCGCGUAGCUCCAUCCAAUCAAAUUCUUCAAUUCGCCUCAUGCCCAGCUUUUUCCAGUACAAAAUACCAAUUGACUUCAUUGGAGCUCUCAUAAGUAAGCCAAUUGGUCGGUUUGAUUCGUCCCUUACUGUAAUUCCGCAUCACCAAUUCAACACAUGAUUCAUUUCAGUCCCGAAAGUAAGGUCAGUAGUCAUCGCACUUUUAUCGUCGCGCGCCAAAUUUUGUGACCUUCGAAGAGUUGGAGAGUUUUGAUCUAUGUCGGAACUGGAAUGUUGUCGAUGCUAAUUCCCGUUCUAUUGAUGCUUAUUGUUUUCUUGGGGGCGCAGAACUCUAAAUUUCUCGCUUGUGAGCCCAUUGAGGGGCCGUUGUUAUUGUUAAAUUUAUCGUCCGUGAGGAAAGGGGGCCAAAAAAUUAGAAGCUUCAAUAGACGUAAACAACGAUACAAGCCAGUUCCUUCGCCAUAAACAAUACAACUCAUACUUUGGAUCAUCUCAUCAUGCAUAAUUACACUGAGCGGGCUUUCAAUGAUCCUAGAAUCUGCUUGAUUUUAUCACUUUAGACAAGUUCAGCUGGCUUUUAACUCCCAACCCCUCGUUUUCAUCUGGUCGGUGUGCCAGGAAUGGAUAAGAUACAUUCAAGUACAAUAACCCUCAAAUAGAAUCUGCCUCACUGGAAUGCCUUUCCCUCUUACUGUCCCCAGAUAAAGAGAUGAAACUGCUCAUCAGUAGAAAACUUCCUGAAAUCAUAUGAUAAAUGACACAUAAGAUUGGCAUAACACCAUAUGAACGUCGAGAUACAGAAUCCCUGACCCACGCAAGUACAACGUAAAGUAAGGCAAACUGAAAAACGGCCACUUAGCUUUCAUCCUAUGUUUGUGAUGUUUGUGUGUCUGGCUUAACUAUGGUCUGGCUGACACCUGCCAUGCAAACACGACAGAAGUACUAGAUAUCUUUCGCCCCCCAAGAUGCACAUCCGAUCUUUAGAACCACAUAGCGUUGGUGUGAUGACUUCAUUGCAUUAGUAUUUGCCACCGAUACAACGAACAAUUGCGCUCAAUUGCCUUGUCCUUGACGCCCCAUAAUAUCGACUUUCACAAUUUGAAUGCUGACCAUACUGAUAUGGUCCAUCAAAAAAUGAAGAAAGCAAGAAAGAUGAUUAUUAUCUGCAUCAUCGGGUCUUUCCUCGAAUGACCAUUCAGGGGCAAUCUGAAGGAUUUACGGCGAGUUACCACUUCCCUUGGGAGGGGACAAAAUGAGCUUAAAGACCGGAAGCGAUUAAAAAGUGAGGCCGCAUACUCUAGCUAGAAUAUGACAGAAUUAUUCUCCGGCGGAAAAAUGCGAGAGAAAACAAAGAAGGUAGUGUGUUACCUUGAGAAAAUGCUGAUUGCAGCCCGACAAAGCCGUAGUUUGAGAACCUCGAUAUUGUAAUCUAGUUGCGACUUGCUCGGCCAAACCUAGGUCGCCACGUCAGUGACCAUCCGAAGCCCUUCAUUGGGACCAUUUCUCUCCAAGCUAGGUGUGCAGUGCAUCGUGUUAACCAACAGCUUAGCGAAAACAUUGUAGGUGUGAGAUACGCCGUGAGUGGCGAGAAUUUGUGACAUCUUCUAGCUAAGCAGAUCGGGGUAUGCUGGUUUGCAGACGCAUUGUAUGGAUGAUCUUUUGCUUCAAGGCUUCGUCCGUAUCUGACAACACAUUGAUUUCUGACCACCUUGAUCUCGGCAAGACGGAACGGACUCUCAAGUCAAUAUGCAUAUCGAGGCCGUCUUCUGCACAAUCUGCGGCCAUGUAAACGUUGCAGAAAAUAGAACAAGCAUUCCAGGUGGCUUGCAAUCACCAGACUGUAAAAGUAUGUCCUGUUAUCAAACACCCCUUUCAGGCAGAUAUGGCUCGAUGCGAAUCUGGCCAGAAAGCAGGGAGUUAUCAACAUGUGACAAUAUCUCAAAGCGAGAUAUGCUGGAUUAAACGUCUUGAUAUCAAGGAUAUAGAUUAGAGAAGGAACGAGAAGAAAAGACAAUAGCCAAUAGUGUUCUACUACCACAGCCAGUUCAUGAGAAUGAUGAUGAUCGACCGACCAUCAUUUGUGAUAGACUCCGGUUGGUUUGGAAUAAGAAGCAACCGGCAAUUGUGUGAUAGGUUUGGGUCGAUAUCUCUCCACAAAGAAGGUUGUUACGGUCCGUCCUUGGGUCUAGCGGGUCUCUCGUUGCAAGCAGAGAACGGAUGAUCCAGUAAUCAGGAAGAGGAUUUGUGGCAAUCAGUAAAACCAAGGAAAUGACGGGAUAGGAAAUUCAUAACGUGAUUCCCAUAGCGUAAACUUCUACACUCGGCAGGGGGCACACACGAUGUUGCAACGGACUGUGAUUACCAAUGCAGUAAUUCUAACAUGAUGAAGUGUCCACCCUGUCGAGACGAGAGAGGUAACUGAACGCGAGGGAACUUGAGCCAAACAUCGGCAGAGGGUAGGAAUACGAUAGGUGCCAGUUCUUCUGGCGAUUGAGCCAAGGAUGUGAUUAGUUGCAUGUAUGUCUUGGUGAGAAAGGCACACGGAUAUGCACUUCGUUUGUUGGCUCGAAUGGAAGCGUGGAAAACUCGAGGGGGCUAGUAGACAAACACGCUGCAAGGCUGGGAGGAUUGUGACGGCGUGGUUGUCCGGACCAUGAACAAUGCUGUCCAAAUCGUGUAUAAAUACUCCUCUUGAUUUCCCCAAAGGUCUAAUAACCACCACCAUCAUCAACAUCCUUCAAACAAAGCAUCUCAACAAACGAUCUCUCAACUCUUUCUUGAUCUCAAAGUGUCAUCGCCAUCCAGUAUAACAACCUCACUCGAGACAUCAUCAGACGUCGUCUCUGAUCUCAAACAUUCUAUCGAUAACAUAUCCGUACUUCGACCACUCCCAUCAACAUGUGUUUUUUCGACCAGUGCCAAUUCGUCUGUGGUGACUACAAGUGGGGCCACUUUCGACAACAUUGUGCCAAAGAAUACCGUACAGGCGAGACCUGCGGCAUGAAAUUGGUCAUGACCACAUACCAGAGUCAUGAAAGGUGCAAGAUUUGCACGAAGAUCGAAACAAAAUGGGGCCGUAUCCAGAAGGAGCAGGAGCGUGUACUUCGAUGGAAGAAGGAAAACGGAAAGAGUCGCCAACACUCAAUCGAGGCGUCAGAGGAAAAGAUCCGGGACCUGCAACAAGAGGUCAAUAGUCUCGAAUGGCAACGCUCGCAGAAUGCUUUAGCUUUGUGAUGAAACUUUCCACAUAACACGAUAGUACAGAACUAGCGAACUAUUUUGUCGCGUUUCGAAUUUUUUUCAUAGGGUUUUCUUUCUUUUGAUGGAGUGAAAUGAUGGAACGGAAGAGUGGUCUUUCAUUUAAGGAUAUAUUGGAAAUGAUUGGUCUCUGGAGACAGAUGAAGGAAUUGUUUUGGAAUUAGAUAGUCUCACGACUUAACGAUGAAACGAUCAUUUGAACAAGUUCCUUGAAUUUGCCAAUAAAUUGCCAAUGACUUGUGGAUAUGACUGAACUCUGUUAAUGGAACCGACAAUCUGGUCAAAUGUUGAGGGGCCAUUUGAUGUUGACCGGGCGCUUAGAUGAAGAAAUUGGGCGGCUCGGGAAAUUAGUGUAUGCGAGCUAAAUGCAAGCUUCCUUGAACUUUCGGGGAAUUGAGGCACCAUCCGAAAUCAUAAAAGGCGAUCAUAUCAAAAGACUUGUCGGAGAAUUUGGCCGUCGAUGAUGAUCAAUAUCCUUACGAUAAUGAAGAAAUCCCACUUGAAUGUUCCUUCUUGUGGGUCGCGAUCUAUAUAUAUACAUAGCGAAGUCUCGUUCUGUAGGUAUGUGUUGUGAUGCUGUGUAAAACUUUUCCUAUUGCAAUUAGCCUAAUGUCCAUUCUCAACCAUACACACCUGGUCGGCAAAUUUAUCAUCACUGAACAGUUUUCUUCAUGAAGAGGUUGAAAUAAAGAU